AUGCUUAUGCUAGAGAGAGAUGAAGAGACAACUGGGACUUUAUUUCUGUCGAGAUGGAAGGUUCUGGUCUGGGCUGGACUGGAGAUGCCCGGGCUGGACUGGAAACACUUGGGCUGGACUGAACCGUUGACAACCUUGACUGCUAAGCUUCAACUUGUAAAUCGAUACCAAAGGCUGAUUCUGGCAGAGCUUCAAUGUACCUCAUGCUUUUGUGAAGCUUUUGAGUGGGCAGAACUGCAGUUUUCUCAGUCUGCACGGGCAGGAGUGACUGUUUUUUGGGGGCUUCAGUGGGCUAGAGACUGCACUGUGAAUUUUGUUGAGGUUUUCCAUAUUUGGAGGAAGCUUGAACUCUUCCUGUUUUGGUUUUUUGCUGAACCAAAUUUGUAA